CUGGACACAAGUGGCAAUGGAUACAUCGACCUCAAGGAGCUAAAAGACGCGUUGGACAGCGUCGGGUACAAAAUCCCACAAUGGAAGGUGCGGUGUAUGAUCGAGGAGUACGACAAUGGUGCCCGACAGGGACGCGGCGUCAACGGCAGCGUGAACGGCGACGCACGCAAAAAUGGCAUGUCCCUGACUGAGUUUGAAGAUCUGUGCGCCAAUCUUAAAGCACAACAGGUGGCGAGCACAUUCAAACAAGCUGUUAGCAAAAAAGAAAACCUGGAACAUUUAGGCGGCAUGAGCGAGGCUUCCAGUGACGGUACUACUCACUCUGUCAGACUUGAAGAGCAGAUGGCUUUCUCUGGUUGGAUCAACAGUAAUCUUGAGCACGAUCCAGAUUUAAAACACCUUCUACCUAUCGACCCUGAAGGCAAACAGCUUUACGAGAAGCUCAAAGAUGGUCUCAUAUUAUGUAAAGUGAUCAACCAUUCUUGCCCGGACACAAUCGACGAGCGCGCCAUUAACAAAAAGAACCUUACACUUUACACAAAACACGAGAACCUCACUCUGGCGCUGGUCUCCUCUCAAGCCAUCGGCUGCAACAUCGUCAACAUUGAUGCUCAUGACCUCGCUAAGGGCAAACCACACUUGGUACUCGGUCUCCUGUGGCAGAUCAUCCGCAUCGGUCUCUUCAACCAGAUCACCCUUGAACAUUGUCCAGGUCUUACAGAACUUCUCAAUGACCAGGAGCGCAUCGAGGACCUGCUGGCGCUGUCGCCCGAGGCCAUCCUGCUGCGCUGGGUGAACCACCAGCUGGCGGGCGCGGGCGUGACGCGCCGCUGCACCAACUUCCAGCAGGACGUCGCCGACUCCGAGAUCUACUCGUACCUGCUCAAACAGAUCGCACCAGCCGACUCCGGCGUCACUCUCGACGCGCUCAGGGAAACAGACUUACUGCGCCGUGCAGAAAUUAUGUUGCAACAAGCCGCCCGCCUGCGUUGUCGAGCGUUCGUAACCCCGGCGGACGUAGUAGGCGGAGUCUACAAGCUCAAUUUGGCCUUCGUCGCCAAUCUGUUCAACCAGCAUCCGGGAUUGAACCGCACUACCGACACAGAGCAAUACCACCAACUCGAUGAAACUAGGGAAGAGAAGACAUAUCGUAACUGGAUGAAUUCGAUGGGUGUGGCACCACACGUCAACUGGCUGUACUCCGACCUAACUGACGGGCUGGUCAUCUUCCAGCUCUAUGACAUCAUCAAACCGGGCAUUGUCAAUUGGAAGAAGGUGCACAGACAAUUCUCGAAGCUUCGCAAGUUCAUGGAAAGGCUGGAGAACUGUAACUACGCGGUAGAGUUGGGCCGCCAGUUGGGAUUCUCUCUUGUGGGCAUCGCUGGUGCCGAUAUUAAUGAAGGAAACGCCACACUAACGCUUGCUCUGAUCUGGCAACUGAUGCGCGCGUACACACUAUCGGUACUAACGCGACUGGCGAACACUGGCAACCCUAUCAUCGAAAAGGAGAUAGUGCAGUGGGUUAAUAACAAACUUCAAUCAGCUGGCAAGACGUCAUCAAUAAAGAGCUUCCAGGAUGAGGUGCUUGCGGACGGUAAAGUGGUGAUCGACUUGAUUGACGCGAUCAAACCUGGCUCCAUCAACUACGACCUCGUGUUGCCCGGCGGCAAUGAGGAGGAGAACCUGGCGAACGCGAAGUACGCGAUUUCGAUGGCGCGGCGCUGCGGCGCGCGCGUGUACGCGCUGCCCGAGGACAUCACGGAGCGCAAGCCCAAGCUGGUGAUGACCGUGUUCGCCUGCCUCAUGGCGCUCGACUACAUCCCCGCCAUGGACGCGCCCGUCCAGAAGACUGAAGUGACGGUAUCAUCGGAAUUCCGGAAUAAUUCGAUAGAAUCCCGAGUGGAGAUCAUUGAGCAAACUCAGGAGGAGAACCCUGAACACUUGGAUGAAUCAGGUCUAUCACCAAUUAUAGAAAAACCAGCAAUACCCCCAAAACCAGACAACUUGUCUCAAAUAUCUAGACACAUUUCAGUUCAAUCUACAAUCGAGGUCAAAGAAGAAUAA